GGAAAGGGGCUGGGCUGGGCCCGGAGCGUUCGGAAGGGGCGGGACCGGAGGCAGAGGGCGUAGCCGCUGGACACGUGGGCGCCGGAGGGCUCGUAGGAGCCGGGCAGUGGAGCUGCUGCGGAGCCCAGAUCCAUGCUGGUGGUGGAGGUUAAGGCCGGGCAGGCCCUGGUGUGGGGCGCCGAGGCGGCGCAGACGCUGCGGGAACGGCUGGGUGUGGGGGGCCGGCCCGUGGGCAGCCUGGCUCGGGGACCCCGGCAGAACGCUCGCCUCGGCCUCCCGCUGCUUCUGUUACCCGAGGAGGCCCGGCUGCUGGCCGAGAUCGGCGCCGCCACUCUGGUCACCGCCCAGCGUCCGGAUCCAGGCCAGCGGGCCCAGGCUGUGGCUGCCUACCAUCAGGAGCAGGAGUCUGGAUUCCGGGAGCAGCAAGCCCUGGCGUCGGAGGCCCGGCAGAGGCGUCUAAAGGACCUGGCGGAGCACAUUGCCGAGGGCCGGGCUAGGAAACAGCGGGGGCCGAGGGAGGCGGAGCAAGGAGAGGAGGGAGGUGAGGUGGGGGGGGCCUCGGGGGCGGGGCCCGGAGUGCCCGAGCAGAGCUCCAACUCUCCCUCUUUGGUCUCCCCUCCCCGCCAAACAGGGUCGCAGCCCCCUUUCCCAGAGACUGCAAUGCUAGUCCAGCUACCCACAGCUCGCCCUAGACCUGCCUGGGCCAGGCCCCUGGACUGGCACCAUCCAUCCCCAGAUUGGCCUCAUGCUGGAAAACCAACCCAUGAGCUGCGGUACCGAGUCUACAGGGACCUGUGGGAAAGGGGCUACUUCCUCACCUCCGGGGGCAAGUUUGGGGGUGACUUUCUGGUCUAUCCAGGUGACCCUCUCCGCUUCCACGCCCACUUUGUGGCUCAGUGCUGUGCCCCUGGAGAUACCCUCCCACUGCCAGACCUUGUCUCUGCUGGCCGCCUUGGGACCAACGUGCGGAAGACCUUACUCCUCUGCUCCCCCAGGCCUGACGGCUCUGUGGCCUAUACCUCCCUGCAGUGGGCCGGGCUGCCGUGACCAGAGACGGAAGGGGGAAGAUGUCCUGGUCUGAGCCACUGGAUGUGGCUCCUGCUUCCUCGACUGACCCCUGGGCCCCUUGGGCUGGGCCAGGAUACCAGGAGAGGGGAGGGUCACCGUUCGCUGUUCGAGUGGAAUAAAAACCUCUGGACAAGC